GAGAUAUCGCUUUUCGAUGGCCUACCAAAAAAAUUGUUCGAGUAGUACUUGACCUUAUACAACUGUUUAGUACUGUACAUACACCACUCCAAAUCAGAUAUGGCAAGUCAGAGCUCAGUGGUACUAUUGAACAGACUCAUCUCCUCGAAGGAAUCGUCUCCAUUUUUGUUGGUGGUGGAUUCACUUACGCAAUCGUCAUAUCAUCUCAUCGCUGAGAUAGCCUACAAGAGUAAAGGUACUAUCAUAUACUUAUCUUAUGAAACUGUGAACAAACCAGAUUAUGCAGAUGAGUUCAUUGAUUGUACUAGUUUAAGUAAUGGAGAGAUUGUUAAAGUAGUUAAGUCUAAAAUUACUAGUAAAGUUGGUGGUGGAAGUGGUGUAGGAGGAGGGUCUCGAACUUUAAUUAUAAUCGAUUCAUUAAACUAUAUAAACAAUAAUGAAAUAACUACUUUUAUAGGAGGAAUAUCCGAUCCAUCCAUUACGGUGGUAGGUACUUUCCAUGUAGAUAGUUUACAAGCACAAGCUAACAAUUCAUAUUAUCCAAAUUCAUUAUCAUUAUUAUCAUUCAUAGCAAGUUCUAUCUUUGAAGUUGAACCAUUUCAUCAACAGUAUAUUGAAGAAGAAAGUUUACUGAAUAGUAUAAGGAAAUUAAAUAUUCCUAUAAAUAAUGGUUUAAAUUCUCCAAUAUUUAAACUUACAUUAACUAAUAGAAGAAAAUCAGGUAGAUCAUUGAUAUAUAUUUAUAAAAUAGAUACUACAAGUCAUGAAUAUGAAGUAUAUAAGGAAAGUCAACAAGAUGAAAUUGAUCCUGAGGAUGAAAGCUUGUUAAAGGAUUUAACGACAUUUAAUUUGACUACCAAUUCUAAACAAAAGCUUGCUAGAGAACAAGUAGAACUUCCAUUUAUGGAAGCUCAAGAGGCAUUAGGAUCAUCGGGUGGAGCCAUUGUAUAUGAAUUCGAAAAGGAUGAUGAUUACGAUGAAGAGGAUCCUUACGAAGAUCCCUUCUGAUAUGUAAAUAAUAAUAAUUAUUAUUAUAAAUUAUUAAAAUAAAUAUUAUUGUAUGCAUUAAUCAUUAAUUCAUCUAGGAAUAUAUAAUAGUAAUCUAAUAAAUAGUAAUCUAAUAAAUAGUG